AUGACGACGCGGCAAAUCCAUGCCUUCGCUCAGCUUAUUGAUCAGCUGCCGAUCGGUGUCCACGAAUCAGAGGUCAUUGACGGCGCUGUAGCGGAUAACUCCGUCAAAUCUGGGUUCACUCCCUUGGCAGACGCCCCCCAUGUGCAGCAUUCUGGUGGCGGCUUCGGAGCGUGUCCCUCCCACCGUGUGGUAUACGGCGAUGCCGCUCCCAGUCUCCGAACUGGGGAGAGUCUGACAGGCUUCGCUGGGUACGCUACGCCUUCGUGGAAUGGAAAAUCUGCAUGCUGUUCCGCUGGGUCGUUGGGUGCAUCUCCAGCCGGGGCCACGGGCUCGAAUGCUCACCCUCCUGACUCGCAUGGCAAUUACCAGCUGGCGUACACACACAAUCCGUGUAUGGAUGCCACGGGUGUCUAUCGCGGCUGUGACCGGGACCUGAGUGGGAACCGAGUCGGAGAUUGCGGCGAUUCUAUGUGCGGAUCCAGAGCUCCUGUCUUUGAUGGGAAAGGACCAGGGAACAAGAGUGCGUUUCCUAGUGACCCGGCUUCCUCUCCGUCGUCGGCUGCGUCAAGCAGCACUCAAGCGGAUGUCGCGUCAUACAUGCCCUCUCAGCACAGGCUCCAGCAAACGGUGCGCGGUGAAGAGUACUGCAGCGCGACUUCUCACGGCAGCUCACCUGUAGCGGACGGUUCAUCCACCGUCUCCAUGCACCCGGUCUACCCCGGCAGAAAUGACGGAGACCGCGACCACUACCGCGUGCCUGCCUACAUGCCGGCGAACGCGCCUUUCAAUGCCCGCGACAUCGGGCCGUGUUCAGGGGGGGGGUGCACUGACUGUGCUGGUGCGUCCGCGGCCCAUUCGAUUUCUCAGCGGGACGGAGCGCUGCUGGGAGUCCCUUCUGGCAACGGUGACGUCGUCGAUCACAACGGACUUCAUGGUUGGGCUGGAUCGCGAAGGCCCUCUCAUAGCUCGUGGGUCGGUUCUUCAACCUGUUGUACUCCGCCCAGUGGCAGCACUGGCUUCACCGGGCAUGGGGGCGACGGUUCGUCGCUCGUGUCGGCGCAGGCGGGUGUAGGCGGAUUGAAUUCGAGUUCACCGGGUCGCGGAGGGUCGGCGGGAGGCCCGCACCAAGGCGUCGCGGGUCUUGGGUGGACACAGCGUGUGCGGAUGAGUUCUUCCCCAUCCGGCGUCUCUGAGAGAGAGAAGAGACCUCAGGGCGAGGGAAUCUGUGGGAACGGGAAAGAUGUGGAGGGCACUCUGGCCAGCGGGGGAUGCUGCACGGAGUCGGGAUCGAGUUGGGCGGGAGGCAGUUUGCGGCCCGUUGCUCAGGAUGCGUCUUCGGGUUUCGGGCAAGCCUCGCAGUUCGGCCAGAACCUGGGAACUUCUCUCCCUCAAGCAAGCAGAAACGCACCGAUGAGUGGUCCCGACCCAGCAACAGGGGACUUCCUAGCGUCUGGCGCCGCUGCACAGAAUAACGGGACACGCCGUUCUACAACUCAACACGGGUCGAGUCAAGAAUGCAGCGUUUUGAACGUUGGCGUGUCCGUCUCCUCUUCUUCGGCCUCGACUUUUGAGGGCCACAGCAGCUGCGGCAGCAGUGGAAGCCAAAACGGCUCGCCACCUGACUCGCCGAGAGCGCGAUCUACUCAACACGGCCGACAUCAAGCAGCCGGCCGGGCGCUUGUUCACCGUCGUGUCUCGGGGGCGUCAGUGGGGGCGGGCAUUCGGGGCGAAGCAACUCUGGGGCCGGCCGAGUUCUCCAAAAGUGGGCAGCACUUGCCGAGUGAGGCUUCUAAGAGUGAAUCUGGCAGGCCGUAUGACAAACUUGGGGGACAGUUAGGCGGCUGCGUGAUCACGGAGAAAGCGGAGCGGAAGCUCGGUGUUGAUGGACAAAAUACCGUCGGGGGUGGCAGCGGACGCGGGGAAGCGUGCGAAGGGACCUCAAGUAAAGCCCCGGGCAGUGGCCUUUGGGGCGAACACGAGGGAGGCAUUGACUCAGGCGGCGGGUCAGGACGGUCGGCGCCUUUGCUAGCAGAGGAGGGCAAAGCAAUCGCCGCAAACGGAGCGCGACUGUUUCCGCUCGGAAAUGUGAAAGAAAGUGAGCAUGAAGAGGUGGUUAACUUGGUCGACGCAGCGACAGGAGCAGCGCAUUCCUCCCUCUGUGUAGACCGCGAAGCCCUACUGCCUUUAACCGGAGAUCGACAAGUACGUGGGGCGCCCAGCGCCGAUGGAGACAACGACGUUGCAAUGCCCACGUCGGAUGCAGACUCAAGAGGCCAUGCGGAAGUUCCGAACCACGUGAUAAGCGGAGGUCACUCCCAGCCCCACAUGCCCGACGCCAGCGCAAACCUGUCGCGGUUAGAAACGGAUCGUGUCGGAGAUUGCGGCGGCACUGGGGCAGCGGGGGAUAGUCGAGUGCUGAGUACGCGUAGAGGGAGUGGAGCGAGUGACAAAGGAAGUCAAAAUCUUCCGACAGGGAAGGGAAACAAUCUGGCCGCUGUUCAGCCGGAAAGCCCUUUGAAGCAGGGAAAAGAAGGAGGGGAAACGAGCAUCUGGAGAGAGCAGGGAUCGGGGCAGCCGAAGAAACACAGCGAUGAGACCAACUUGGCGGGAAAGGAGCAGGGUGAGGGCCCGGAAAUGGCGGGACCUGAACAAGUCCAGGAGGUGGGUGAUGCCGAAAGAGCACGGCUCUCCGCAGUCAUUCGAACUCUGGAAGAAGAGCUGAACAAGGUGACUGAAGAAUUACGCGAGGUUGUUUGUCAACGCGAAGACGGACGGGAAUUCUUCCAGAAAGCUUUCCUUGAUCGAAAGACCCGGUAUCUUUAUCGGCUUCAAGAAAUCCGUCCUUUUCUGGGAGCGUCGUUCGACGAUAUCGUUCGAGCGGUAACGGCGUGCCGGACAGUUGGCCAGCUAAGCACGUGGGUCCUCGCCUUCGACUUCGCCGGCGCCGCUGUGGCGCCCGCUGCUGACGUCGCGUCUCGUGUUCUUGAAGUUUUCAACUCCGGCGCCGCUGCUCCCCUGCACGUCGCAGUGGAUAGGCGCCGAUCGGUCCCUCAGUUGUUUCGCUCCGGGUCGUGCGGGGUGCUCGACUGGGACACAGGUCGUCAGUUCGGCACAGGGAUGCGUUGGAGAAACGCUCUCUCGUCCUCCCCGGCAGGUUCCCCUUCUAGUCGAACAUCGUGCGUGCGCGGCGCAGGCGCAACUUCUGUUGGUAGACACGCCGACACAUCGGACAACCUCCUAGGGUUCCGGUCGUGUACAAGUCGGAGUUUGUGUCCUGAUCCGAGUUCCUUCACUCUUCGAGCACCUUCUCUGCAUGCAGAAUCUCACUUGCUUCCCUUCCCUUCGGUACCUGGCGACGAGGCUGCGUGCGGCGUUAGCAGAGUGUCGGACAGCCCAUUGGGUGUCCAAGCAGAGCGAUCAGCUGGAGAGAUGAUUCGGAAUGCAAUGAGGACUCGGGUGCACGAGACGAACGGCAUCGCUAGUCAUCUCCUCGCGUCGGGGGAUGCAGGGGCUCGUCACCUCACACAGCCUCCUCGGGCGCGUCUCUGUAGCUUAGGAGAUAGUGUGGGCGAAGAAGAAGAUGGUCUUCAUCAUAGAUUCCACCCAUCCCUCGGUGCAAGCAGCCCUAUGGACGUUUUUUCACGUCCGGGAGGCCUUGUAGACAGCAUUCAUAAAGGUCUUUCACCCCGAACCUCAAGCAUUGACGAUCCGGUUUCUGGCCGCGCGGCGGGUUCGUCAAGCACGCUGUAUGUACCCUUUAUAGGGUUCGAAUGUGGUCGUAGUAGCAGCCCCGCGUCGGCCUCUCGUUCCGGCGCCGAAGGUGAUCAGGUCUUCUGGCCGUCUGCAACCAGUGCACCAAGAGCAGAGGCUGGGGCAGGGGCUAACUCCGCAAGGGAGGACGCACCUAGCCUUGCCUGCCUGGGUGGAGAGGAUGCGCGAGCCGGGACUGGUUCCAGUGAAGACAGCAGGGGAGGUGGGGCGACUGGAGGCGAGCGGGCACCGAUGGCUGUGUGCGGAGCGUCGGAGAAAGGCACCAAGAAGCAAGCAGGGGAUGGAGGUGGAAAUGCGGCGGGGUUUUCGCAGGGAGCUGCAGAAGAAGGAUCGGAGGUGGAUGAUGCGACGGCGCCUGGGAGCCCUCUGUUCGAGAAGGGAAGCAGGACAGAUGGGGCUUCAAUCGAAAUGGAUGUGUGUUCAAAUCAGCAUAAUCAGAACGACGCGGACGCUUCAGGAUCGCCGUGCGACACAUGUGAGGAGCUAUCAGGUGCCUGGCCUGCAGGCGACGGGACCUCGUUCGAUGGGAAGUCAGCACACAAUUCGGAAGGAAACAGAGAUUUUAGGUGCGCUGGACCAAGUGGAGAAACAGAAGGUGUCGCGGGAAUGGGAGACACUUCAGACGCAGUAGGCUCUGUGAACAUGUGCUUUGUUCCCUUUCCCCAGUUAAACAACUGCGCGGGUCAGGGUGGCCAGUUCCUGAACUCAACGGCGGGUUUGAAUGGUGCAGAAUCGAACAUUUUCGGUAGUCAGAUGGGGCAACUGGAUUGGGGCCACGGGUCGUAUCGGCUACAAAAAUUGAUUGCCAGCCAGCAGCUGAGAUGA